ACAGAGCUUCCUAGUCCGUGUAGUGGAGGUAGCCAUCAUCAGAAUCCAGAAAGGAGCACCGUGUGUGCGUGAUGUGGCCGGAGAAGAUGUACGCGUGGGCGUCCAUGGCAGAAGACCCGCUCAAGCGCGCGGGGUCGGCAUCGGCGCAUCCGUCGAGCCCUCUACGGCGCUACAGCCCAACGACGCUGGCGGUCGGCGGCCUCAUCGUCGUUGGCGGCCUCAGCUACGUCAUGUUCGGGAGCAAGAAGAACGGGCGCGACCAGCAGGCCAGCCGAGCUUAGAAAAGGCCCGUGGAGAUCGUCGAUUAGCUAGCUUACCGAGAUGUUCCGAAAAUAAGAUAGGAUUAGGCUCUUUGGCGGGUGUUAUGUAUGUGUUCCAUAUGUGCAAAAACCUCGAGUGCUACUAUCUUGUUAUCCAUGUAUGUAUAACAUGCCAAUUUUCUUACUGAAUAAGUAGCCUCCCUUGUGAUUUAAUUAUUAGAACCACGGAAGAUAUGUGGUUCAAAUGUUAAGCUCGUUUCAUUGUAGCAUCUGUAACCGAAACUUGUUGUGUGGGGUGUGGCCAGUACACUAAUUUAUACAUUUAAUGUUGCUGAA